UUGAGGUGAUUGUGACAUCUCAACCGAAUGGCAGGAGGAAUAGAGGGGGGAUUCCUUUUCCUUGGUGGAAAUAAUAAUAAGUAGAGUCUGUGAGGGAGUGAGAGUAAUGAUUUUCUUUCUUUCUUUCUGGAAUUGUAAUCUGUAGAUACAAGCAAAGAGUUCCUUUUCUAAGCAAAAUUUAAAGGGUCAUAUUCUCAACAGCCUUGACAUACAUGUCACUGAAAAACCCUUCUUUAUGCUUUUGUUUGUUUUUUUUUUAUUAUGACUUCUUUUUUUCAUUACAAGUUGUUUUCAUUGCUUGAAAAUGAAUUCAAUCUGAAUUUUUGAAAGCAAACCACUACUUUUCUUUUCUUCUUCUUCCUAACACUGACUCUCUCCUCAAGGCUGGAUUGAAAGUGGAAUUUAUCAUAUGGUGGUGGUAGAUCUGAUGACAUCUUUAAAUUCCAAGUCUAGCUAGUCUCAUAGUAGUGAUGACAGUUAAUGCUGUUAUUAUCAAAGAAGAAGAGAUGAAAUCAAAAAUGGAAGAAUAUCAAGUGAUUGAACAGAUAGGAAGAGGAGCUUUUGGAGCUGCAUUUCUUGUUCUCCAUAAAUCAGACAACAAGAAGUAUGUUUUGAAGAAAAUUCAGUUGGCUAAGCAAACAGAGAAGUUCAAGCACACAGCACACCAGGAGAUGAACUUGAUGGCAAAGCUAAAUAAUCCAUAUAUUGUAGGGUACAAGGAUGCUUGGGUGGAAAAGGAAUGUUGUGUUUGCAUCGUAACAAGCUUCUGCGAAGGCGGUGACAUGGCUGAGGUUAUAAGGAAGGCCAGAGGAACAUUUGUUCCAGAAAAGAAGCUCUGCAAAUGGCUGACCCAGUUGUUGUUAGCCGUGGACUACCUGCACUCAAACCGUGUUCUCCACAGGGAUCUCAAGUGCUCGAACAUAUUUCUAACGAAGGACAAUGACAUCAGGCUUGGUGAUUUUGGACUAGCAAAAUUACUCAACAAAGAUGACCUUACUUCCUCGAUCGUUGGAACUCCCAAUUACAUGUGCCCUGAGCUCCUCGCAGAUAUCCCGUAUGGCUAUAAAUCAGAUAUCUGGUCUUUAGGUUGUUGCAUGUUUGAAAUUGCUGCACAUCAACCUGCCUUUAGAGCUCCGGAUAUGGCUGGACUGAUUAGCAAGAUAAAUAGAUCCUCCAUUUCACCACUACCCACCGUUUAUUCCUCUGAUUUGAAAAGGUUAAUCAAGAGCAUGCUAAGAAAGAGCCCAGAACAUAGGCCAACAGCUGCAGAACUAUUAAGGCAUCCCCAUUUACAACCAUACCUUGCUAAAUGCAGCAAUCUGUCUCCUGUCUUUCUCCCCAUAAAGUCUGUAAACAAUUCUACUGAUAAGGCAAAAUGCAAUCAAUGCUCUGGCAAAUCUAUCAAUGGAAAAGAGAACAGUGGCCAGGAGACCACAUUAGAUACAACAAGAGGUCCAGAAAAUGUUGGGACAAACAGUGGUGUAACAGGUUCAGGAUCAAGGAGUUCGAUCUCUCAUGGCAAAGUAACCUUCUCUAAUUGCAAGUUUGAUAAAAUCGAAACAAAAAAAGUGGAUCCUACAAGCUUUGACAACCAAGUAGCUGACAUGAACUUCAAAUCGACAAGUGAACAUACAAAUGGCGAAGUCAUUCUUCAAGGUGCAGAGAAGCGCAUAAACAAAAACUGCCUCCAACAUAAUGGAGAUGCCAAUAUUGGAACUGCCUCUAAAAGCAGAUCCAUGACUCACACAGAAGCUGUAAAUCAAGAGGACUGCACCAUAACAAAGUCAACAGAAGGAAUGACUGUAGGGGAAGUCUCGGAGCAAAAAGCUUUCCCGGUGGUUGACAGUCAGGACAGCACAGGAGAUUCAGCUAACAGCCCAGGGUCUCACCAGAAAAUGGGAACGCUUACCAACAAUACAGUCUGUUCCUGCAGAUGCCAGACACAUUGCAUGUCAGCGCUAACUAAGCCAAUCAUCAUCCGUGAGGAUAUUGGAAAACCAACUUGCGGUUUUCUGAAAUCAGAAGAGUCUGAUGUGCACUCGGUAGGGAGAUCAACAGACUACACAUCAUCGGAUACACUACCUCGCGCUGAAGAUGAAAUGAGACAAGAUACAUUGACUCACUUCUCUCCAGAGAAAACUAGGAAGGAUGAUACCUGUAAAGUUGGAAAGGGUGAUAGUGACCUAAAUGGUGAUAAAAAGGAAGCGGAGUGUGAAAGCGCUGGCUCCGUAGAGCAAAGGGCAAAUGCUCUGGAGUCUUUGCUUGAGCUAUGUGCACGAUUGUUUCAACAGAAUAGGCUAGAAGAACUUGCUGGUGUGCUGAGACCAUUUGGGGAAGAAGUAGUUUCAUCAAGAGAAACAGCAAUAUGGUUGACAAAAAGCCUCAUGACUGCACAAAAUUUAGGCGGUGGCAACUGAUACUGAUUGAUUCUGAUGUCUUCCCUUUGCGAGUACCAUCUCAAAAUUUACCGCAUACAUGUAAUUACGUGACUGUUUAAAUCCAUGAAGUAGUUUUUUUUACUCUAUCGUGUAUUUUCUUAUGAUACUACUACUCAAACACUUUCAUUCUGCAUA